UUAGUGUUCGCUGCAUGAGUUUUUGAAUACUAACAAAUCCCCGAAACCUAGACUUUCGAUCUGACCGUCAAAUCCAUCACGAUGGAAAAUCAAGAACUUGUUGCCAACAUAGACACCACCGCUGCCCGUUUUCUGGCAUUAGCCUUGUCCACAAUGGGUUAUAGAAUACAUCUAUUGGUAGACACGUCUAACCCAAGCUUGACACCACCUUGGGGCAGACUUGGGAUGAGCAUUACCCCUGAAUCGCCCCCUUCUACCCCUUACGACUGCCCACAAGACUGCAAAACAUGCAGUCGGCAGUACUUUCCGGUGUCGCGGAGAGUGACCGAUGAGGAAGCAGGACUUGAUCGCGGAACUUGUCGUGGAGAUCAAGAAGACCCGCGCUCAGCUACAGUGCGCACUGGACGACCAUGCCGGUGAGAUUGCAACGCGGUGGAAAAAGCGAUCGCGUGAGAAGCGUGAGAGACUCCUCAAGUCAGUGUCUGCGCUGCAUCCAGAAGAACAUGGCAUCCGGCUCAUGGUGCCGGACAGGGUGGAGCCGGAUCAGCGGUACAGGGUCUACAACUCCGUCAACUCGACUGCCAAAAAGUAUCUCGACACUUGGCUCGCACCUUGGCUGGACAUUAAGGCCCUUUCCGAGUCGCCGCUCGAUCUGCUGGCCCUCUUACACUAUCGUGUGUCCUACCAUCCCGCCGAUUGGGUCAUGUUCGAUUAUAGACUAUCAGAUACGGCCAGAAUACACGGUCUGCUGGGAAGACACUUCAACCGGCAGGCCGUCCGACUCACUCAAAACGGAUUCGGCCGGCUAGUGGGCUGGAACAAGACCCAGAUGCACAGACAUGAAUGUUUCGGCUUUGAUGCGGCCAUCUACAUCCUGACCACAGCUCAGCGGAUCUUCAAGAUCUUGGUUGGGGUAGUAGAGGACCUUCUCAUUGAGAUCCAGCAGCGAGCGGAAAAGCACGCCCAGACAGACCUUGUAUCCAGCACGAAUCCCUCAACUUCCACCAAUCAAAGCUCAUCCAUCUGGGAAAGCCUUGUCCGAAACAAGUUCACGAGUUUCGGCGUACGGAACAGGGGAGUUGCACCUCGCCCAAGGACAGGCUUCACACACCCGGAGCCCAUGACAUUGGAGGAGCUGCGAGAAAUCAUCUUGGCGCGUUAUAAUGCCUCCUCGGAUGAACUGAAACUCAUCCAGAGCAAUGCAGAAUACGUCAACUACCUUGUGACGGUGGAAUUCAGUGAAAGCUUUGCACGACCCUUCCUGAACGACAAGGGGAUGUGGACGUUUAAAGCCCAGGAUAUCCUCGUCCAGCCAUUACUGGACAAUCUCCUGUGUGGUGAGCUUCUGAGCAUAAUUCAGAGGCUUGGGGACUGCUCCACUGCUGUUACAGCUGGAAAAAGGAAUGUGCGCGAACGUGAAGUUCUAUUCUCAUUCCUUAGCCAAGCUUGUGCGAUGUCCCAGGUAAUACAGCUUAGCCAGCUGCACUCCAGCGUGACACAGGAGCGCAACCUGGGCUACGACCAGGUUCAAAACCCUGAAUACCACAUCGAUUUCAGGGUCAUAGAUCCGUUCCUCUCGGCCAUAAGCACGCUAGGCCACGAUGAGGGAUGCGAUGCGCCCUUGCCCCUUUGCCUGAAGUUGGAUUUCAUCCACAAGUGCCUGGCCGUCAAUCCGGGAGCCAGAGAGCGGGUAACCUCACGCUUCCUAAAGCGAAUCGCUGACAUUUCAACCACCGCCGAUGCCGCUUUAUCGAGACUCUGGGUAUCCACGUCAAGCCUACUUCAGGGCAUGCUCAGGAAGUCCAAGCUGUCAGGGUCCCUUGUGCAGCAUCUCAUGGCUACCUUGUUUUCGGGGGCGGGAGGGUCUGAUGGAAGCGGAAUGGAUGCUGGGCCUGUGGCUUCCGGAAGCCAAGGCCCGGAGGUCCCCGCGGGGCCUGCUCCUGCGGUUCAGGGAGACUUCAAUCCAUCCGCCCAGGAAGAAGCAAAGCCGGCAUCAACACAGGGUCCCCUGCAAAACGUCGAAACCCAUUCACUGUGGGACGAGAUGAUGGCAGCCAAGCAUCAAGGCCACCCGGGAGAAGCCGUCACACCUUCCACCAUCACAACUCCCCGACCGACAGGAGCAGCCCUCCCCAAGCCCGUGCCAACGGCGCACACGCAAAUCCCCGUGUCCGCAACCGGUAGAGUCGUGCUACCAAGUGACUCGUACCGACUGAUCCAGCAGAUGCUCGGCGCCGCCCAGACCAGAGCCGAGGCCCAGGCCAAGCACAGGUGGCCCAAGUUUGUGACGGCAAUGGAAGACGCCGGGUUUACCGCGUACGAAGGCCCAGGCUCGGCCAUCACCUUCCGCGCCCCGGACGGCAAAGGCUGUAUCAGCUUCCACAGGCCUCACCCAGACGCCACGCUCUUCCCCGUGCUGCUGCGCGCCUUUGGGCGGAGGAUGGCCAAUUGGUUCGGCUGGAAAGCGGAGGAUUUUGUGGAGGAAGCUAGUCUGAUACGACUCGAAGGUAGGUACUGAUGUCUAGAUCAGGGGCAUCGGUCAAAGAGAAUUCGGCGGUAAGUAUUCGGAACAGAAAAUUACUUACAUAUAGAUACUACCGUGAACGGUCUUGGUAGGGUAUUUAGGUAGGCUUGUGAUGGCGGUGCACCCUUGACGCCAGUUGCAGUACACGUAGUAGUCGUGUUUAAACCGUUGAUGCAUUAAUCCUAUAUAUAGUUGUCCGAAAUCGUGUAUAAGCCGUUGAGCUCCUGGGAAACCCAGCUCAAUUGCGAAAUAUGAGGGAAGAAGAGGAUGGAUGAGCGUAAGGUAUGGCUCAAGAGGAUGUGCCUACAUAUCUAGCUAAGUCCUAGCUAGGCGGUGAGAGUGUUUCUCCCUGCCAGUGAAAGGCAUGUUGUGGGACAAAGGAACUCUAAGCGGGAGGCUCAAAGGCUCACUGCAG